UAAUAUAAUGUAUUAUUUUAUAGAUACAUUAACUUUGGCAAAUAACAAAGAGGGGUCAGCCUCAUCGUCAAAAGCCAUCUUCACUCUCUCUUUCUCUCUGUGUCCGGUUCCGAGCUUCUCAUUGCUACAAUUACACACUCACACGCACUGUAGAAGAACAAAGAAUCUCAGCCCAUUCAGAGAGAGAGAGAGAGAGAGAAUGACCCCGAGUGCAAACCACCACCCACAUCCAAACGGCGAGCGAAGACAAUGGCCACCGGCAGCGGCGGCGGAAGCGGCGCCGACGACAGCAGCAGCACAUUCGUCUUACAACGGGUACCGACAGUACCACCCCACAACACCGGCUCGAUCGUCAUCAUCGGCGUCGUUCAAAGGGUGCUGUUGUUGUCUCUUCCUUCUAUUCUCGUUCCUGGCGCUGCUGGUGCUGGCGGUGGUGCUGGUGAUAAUCCUGGCGGUGAAGCCGAAGAAGCCGCAGUUCGAUCUGGAGCAGGUGGGGGUGCAGUACAUGGGCAUCACAUCCACUCCCCCCUCCACGGCCUCUCUCUCCCUCACCAUUCGCCUCCUCUUCGCCGCCACCAACCCCAACAAGGUUGGCAUCCGAUACGGCCAGUCCAGCUUCACCGUCAUGUACCGCGGGAUCCCCCUCGGCAAAGCCACCGUCCCCGGGUUCUUCCAACAGCCCCACAGUCACCGCCAGGUCAUCGCCACCAUCGCCGUCGAUCGCGUCAAUCUCCUCCAGGCCGACGCCGCCGACUUGAUUCGCGACGCCUCCCUCAACGACCGCGUGGACCUCCGCGUCUUGGGCGAUGUCUCCGCCAAGAUCCGCGUCAUGAACUUCGAUUCCCCUGGCGUUCAGGUUUCGGUGGAUUGUGCUAUUGUUAUCAGUCCAAGAAAGCAAUCUCUGUCUUACAAGCAGUGUGGAUUCGAUGGAUUAACUGUUUGAUAAAAUUGUUGUUGGCAGUGUCAAUAUGCUUUAUCUUCCACGCAAUUUCUCACCAGAUCCUCGUUUCUUCGAGUAAUUUAAGGAUGAAACGAGGAGGGAAAGGAGUGAGAGAAAAUUUGGGUAGGGUGUUAGAGGGAGUUUAAUAUGAUUAUUGGAGGGAUGGGGUCUCCAGAAAUUGUUAAACUGCAUAGUGGAGGGAACAGGUUUUGGAAAAUAUAUGAAAGUAGAGAGGGCAUUUAACAUUUUUCUGAGAAUUUUGCAGAAUUCUUUUGAAUAGGUUACUUCACUUAGAAGACAAAAAUCUGCGGAACAACGUGUAAACUGUAAAGUAGAUCAAAUGAGUGGGUGAGGCAUCCUUCCUUCCUCAUGAGCUUUUGUUAA